GAUGAGUGAGAGACACACACAGCAAGGAAGUAAAGGGGUUCUACUUCUGAUGGUCUGCAUGGUGACUCUGCUGGAGAUGGCCAGACCAACAGAAGGUCACAGAGGUAAGGGCAGUACAGUACACCUGCCUAAGAGCAGCAUGCUCAUUGCCUUUCUUUACAUUCAUUUUGGUACUGAGUGUACAAAACAUUAUGAACACCUGCUUUUUCCAUGACAUAGACUGGCCAGGUGAAUCCAGCUAUGAUCCCUUAUUUAUGUCACUUGUUAAAUCCCUUCAAUCAGUGUAGAUGAAGGGGAGAAGACAGGUUAAAGAAGGAUUUUUAAGCCUUGAGACAAUUGAGACAUGGAUUGUGUAUGUGUGCCAUUCAGAGGGUGAAUGGGCAAGACAGAAUAUGUGUCUUUGAACGGGGAAUGGUAGCAGGUGCCAGGCGCACCGAUGGAACGCUUUCGACACCUUGUAGAGUCCAUGCCCCAACGAAUUUAGGCUGUUCUGAGGGCAAAAGGUUGGGUGCAACUCAAUAAGGAAGGUGUUCCUAAUGUUUUGGACAUUCAUCCUGCUAGUUUAAAUGAUGUCUGAUCUCUGAGCUCUCAUAUUAUUUACAUUUACAUUUUACAUUUAAGUCAUUUAGCAGACGCUCUUAUCCAGAGCGACUUACUAAUUGUUUUUUAUAGCCUAUAGUAUGUCUAGAUGUUUUAUGUUCGAUGUCAUAGAUGAUUAAAUGCACCUGAUGUUCCAACGGUAAAGGAUUGUGUGACAGCUUAAAUGUGUGAAAGAGGUGUAAUUCAAAAUACUUCCCUUGUCUUGUUAAGACUGUUGACAAGCUGGGACAUCACUAGAACAUGACUAGAACCCGACGAGAUCAAUUAUAGCAUCUCAGUAACAUUACAAGUGUGGGGCAACUCACAUGUUUCAACCUCAUUGGUUUGAACACUGGGAGCUUCACUGACAAUCCACUGUCGUAGAUAAUUGGCAAGGUGAUUCCAUAGACAUGCAGGAUGGCCAUUCGUGGACAUGACAGAAAAUGUUUAGCUUUCUUCUGUCUGUCGACCAAUUAAAGUAGGGCAUGGGCCUCCAGCAUGUGGCUUUUGAUUGGCAGCGAUCCUUACUCAAGGCGCUCAUCAUUUCUGCAGGAAUUGGAUCCGAAUAAUCUCGCACAUGUUCAAUUUCUAUCUGAUAGCUUCAGCGGUCCCCCUAAUUUCCCUCGGGUGUUAUUUCUGUUGCUGUAAACCUGUUAUCAUUCCAGGGAUGAAAUCAACCCAGAACACGUUCAAAGUCGAGAAAAUAAAUUAUUCCCAGAGAACACAAGAAAAAAAGAAAUUAUACCAUAAAAAAAAAAAACCACCCUAAGUAAACAUUGUUGGUUUCGGCAAGCAAAGAAAUUGAUUUUCUAAUGCACUUUGUGUCCUAUUUGAGUGCUCGCAAUACUUUUUUAUAUUUGUGGCUUCUGUCAGCAAAAAGCUGCAUAGAUUUGUAUAUCUUCAAAACUCUUUUCGCUUUGACGUGUCGGCUUUCAUUUGCUGAGAUGUGCUGGAAGAGUGAUCUGCCUCGCUUUCCGAGUUGCUUUCUCUAGUUCACCUUGUAUUUGCCAUUGUAUUGAGUUGUUUACAUGGCCAAGGUGCAAUACUGGAGAGGCACAACAAGAGCACUUGACCCUAUGGGCACUCCUACCGGAUACACAUCCUUGGAAUAAGAUGUCCAAGGACCUUUACAAUCAUUAUCAUUACAAUGAUCCACUGUCCUUGUAAACUCAGUGGAUGAAUGUUCCUGAUAAUCAAUCUUUUUCCUAGUAUUCCAAGUAUUGAUCCAAUGGGAAAACACUGGACACAUACAAUAAGCACUGAGACUUAACAUAUUGCUUUAGUUUGUCCGAUGGUUUGUCCAAUUACUGUCAUAGACCAUUAGCGCAUUGCAAUAAAAUGUACAAUGAAGCAUGGUCUCACUCCAAAGGUUUACGACGUAUUCAGCCUACUUAGAAACAUUGUGAGAAUGUCCUUAUCCCCCCAUUAUACGGGAGCGAGUAUCCUAUUAUGUCUGUAAGUGCAUUUUAUCUUCUUUGUCGAUUUCCAGUGUUUGUUGGGAAAUCAGUUGGCUGGUAACAGUGCAAAUGGAUUGCCAAAAAAUAAACAUUGUUCUUUUCCUCAAGAGCACAGUUCCCAACCAUUUGGGAGUCCUAUCUUUUUCAUUUUUUUCUGAAACAGCACAAUCAAUACUUCUUGGUUGGGAAUAGAUCCGCAAUUGCAUUGCCCUCGGAAAAUACAUUUUAUUUCACUUCUUAAUCUGAUUUGUAGUGUGCCUUGAGGAUUUCACUACAUAGACUGUCCGCUUCAGCGGAGCCCUGCAAUAUCAAGAGUUUGAGUAAAAGGUAUCUUAUGAAAGAGAGAGGAUGUGUUCACAACCAAUUUACAUGAUCAAAAUGAUAUGAAACUUGAUGACAAAACAGUUUUCUAUCUAUGGACCAAGCUUUACGGACGUCAGGUGCAGAACAGCAUACGAACCAUGAAAAGCUAUUGUGCCGCUGGCUGUCUUCACUUGCAUACAAUUGCUAGAAUUACAUAUUCAGAAUUGAUUGAAGGUUUAAAAAAAUCUAGACAUUCUGUACUGUACAUCUGUGACCGGCUCGGCCAAAAGCCUCUCAAACAGAGAGAAAUAAUGGUUAUAUAAAAAAGAAAAAGUGAAUAUAAUCAUGAACUGUAGUGUUGGUACCACUUUCCUAACAGGGACCCAGAGAAUCAAUUUGUAGUCAGUGCAUAGCAAUUACAUGGGUCACCAGUUCUUCAUCACCUUGGAAUAUUCUUUUCACCAAUGUAUAAAGCCACUCACUCCUUUCCCUUGCACCGGCCCAGCAGGGAAAGGCGCUUCUCUGGGACUCUGGGACAAGACUCAUUCCCAAGUACAUAAAAAGCCUCUGUUUCAUAGCAGGACAGCACAGUGGUCAUACGGCUAGAGCUCCAAAUCUACUCAAAAAACCUCUUCCUCUCUGUGUGAAGCGUGGCGCUACCUUUACAUAGAUCUAAGCAACGCCGGCAGAAACAUAUUUGUCUUUCAUAUCUUUUUUUAUACGAGUAGAGUGUGAGUCAGCCUCCCGCUACAUUCAAGUGAUUCCUCCUCAGUUAUUUUGAUGUAUGAGCAGGGACCGGGGGGACGGCGAUAGCAGAAGCGCUAUCAAAACUUGUGUAUUAUCAAAAAAGAGCUCCGCCUCCCUCCUUUUCACUUCCUGUGUGUCUUUUGAUCUAUAGCCCUAUACCUAACACCUCUCUAUAACAUGGUACGACUACUCAUCUGCUUGAACUCCUAACAGUUAGUGUGAGGAAUCUCAUCUGAGCAAUGGUACUCAACCACUGCAUUCAGUUUGAUUUGAAACAUUUGGGUACAAAUGAUAGAUCGAAGCUAUUGUAAACGUUCAAAUGUUAUUGAUUGAGGUGGGAUUCUUCCACAUUGUGUCCCAGUGAUGGUGGCGUUCAGGAUGUUAGUUUAGGUGUUGAUGCAGCUGCAAUACAGUCGACUCAAUACCCUACCUCCUCCUACGACAUUUCUGCCUAAGUGAUAAAAAAAAACAUGCCUGAAGAUUCCACAAUAACAAGGCAUGCAAAUGCAAUUUAAUUAAAUAAGCUUGGCUGGCUUCACUGGUAUAGAGUACAGCAAUCAGUGGGCAGGUUCCACAGCACUUUUCAUUUGUUGUUUACCAAAUGAGCAAUAACUGCCUCUGCAGAAGGACGGACUCCUCGUGAAAAUGUCACAUGUAAUUAAAAGAGCAGGGAGCAGCACAGUCCCUAAAUAAUUCAAACAAUGUAGCGUGAGCUGUAAAUUGGCUCAAAAUACUGCAACAACUGCACCUUCUUUUCUGGGGAACUUGUAAGAAACUCCUGAGAUAGGGAUUUUUCAAUUGUUUUUUGAAUGGCAAAAUAGCCUACUAAUUCCUCGGCUGAUGCUUGAAGUUACAAACUGUUUUAAAGCUUAAUCAUAGUUAUUCUGUACCUUCAGGGUUGUGGGUACCGCAGAAGUAUUAGGUAGCCUCCCUUAACAGGAGCAUGCCUCCAGUGUUCUGAAUAUGUGAACAGGCUGUUAGUGAACCUAAUACAAAGUUAACUCAACAAUGGCCAUAUAGUAGGCCUACAUCAUUGCCUGUUAAAAAUGAACACUUGAUUCUAACUUUUUUUGCAGUCCCACAGCAUAAGUAAUACAUUAGUUUUUGCGUUACGCCUCUUUUUUGUGCUGCACUAUGAUAAUAAACUGAGCUAUUAGGCUACUUAGAAGUAGUUUUGCAUUAUUUGAGUUCUGACAAGUUUGUACUGAGUUAUCAAGUGGCUAAUUCUGUUCGGUGUUUUUUACAGUGCAUCAAGUCAGAACCGGCACUUGUGAGGUUGUGGCUUUGCAUCGAUGCUGCAACAAGAACAAAAUAGAAGAACGCUCCCAAACUGUUAAAUGCUCCUGCUUCCCUGGACAAGUGGCCGGGACGACCAGAGCUGCCCCGUCCUGUGUAGAUGGUACGUUCCAGCUGAAUAUUUAUAUUGUGAGCUCGCACCGUCUUCCUUAGUGAAACUGCUCUAAAGAAUUGUUAUUAAUUUUGUAACGCUUCAGACCACAAGGUGCUUAGUUAUAGCCAUCCACAGAGGCCUCAUUUAUACUUUGUUUUACGUGUUUAAGUGUUAAACUGUAAUUAAAUGUGUUAAAAAGUGUUUACCAGAAGUGCUCCUGUGCCAUAUAGUCGUAUCCUCAGGGGAAAUUAGUUUGGUCUCCUGUUUUUCAACCAACAAUUCCUUACAUUUAGUGGAGUCUGGUGCUUUAUGACAACUCAGUACUGUCUCUGCCUUUUACAGUAAUGGUCUUGCUGAAUUGUACUCCUCCUCUAACUCCCUAUAGUGCUGUAAAACCAAGUGAGCCAAUUAGAAGGCUGAACAUGCACAUGCCAACUACACUGCCUUCAGAAAGUAUUCACACCCCUUGACUUUUUCCACAUUUUGUUGUGUUACAGCCUGAAUUUAAAAUUGAUUAAAUUGAGAUAUUUUUUGGCACUGGCCUACACACAAUACCCCAUAAUGUCAAAGUGGAAUUACGUUUUUCAUAAUUUUUACAAAUUAAUAACACAUUAAAAGCUGAAAUGUCUUGAGUCAAUAAGUAUUCAACCCCUUUGUUAUGGCAAGCCUAAAUAAGUUCAGGAGUAAAAAUGUGCUUAACAAGUCACAUAAUAAGUUGCAAGGACUGUGUGCAAUAAUAGUGUUUAACAUGAACUUUGAAUGACUACCUCAUCUCUGUACCCCACACAUACAAUUAUCUGUAAGGUCCCUCAGUCGAGCAGUGAAUUUCAAACACAGAUUUAACCACAAAGACCAGGGAGGUUUUCCAAUGCCUCACAAAGAAGGGCACCUAUUGGUAGAUGGGUAAAAAUAAAAAGUUAUUAAGUUAUUAAUUUCACUUUGGAUGGCGUAUCAAUACACCCAGUCACUACAAAGAUACAUGCGUCCUUCCUAACUCAGUUGCCAGAGAGGAAGGAAACCACUCAGGGAUUUCACCAUGAGGCCAAUGUUGACUUUAAAACAGUUAGAGUUUAAUGGCUGUGAUAGGAGAAAACUGAGGAUGGAUCAACAACAUUGUAGUUACUCCACAAUACUAACCUAAUUGACAGAGUGAAAAGGAAUCCUGUACAGAAUAAAAAUAUUCCAAAACAUGCAUCCUGUUUGCAAUAAGACACUAAAGUAAAACUGCUAAAAAUGUGGCAAAGAAAUUAACUUUAUGACCUGAAUACAAAGCGUUAUGUUUGGGGCAAAUCCAACACAACACAUCACUGAGUACCACUCUUCAAGCAUGGUGGUGGCUGCAUCAUGUUAUGGGGGAGAACGGGCUUGUGGUAAGGACUGGAGCGUAAUCAGUGGAAUGGUAUCAAAUACAUCAAACACAUGGUUUCCAGGUGUUUGGUGCCAUUCCAUCUGCUCCGUUCCAGCCAUUAUUAUGAGCUGUUCUCCCCUCAGCAGCCUCCACUGGUGUGAAUACUUUCUGAAGGCAUGAACGUAGAUGUUGUGAAUCUCAGCACCGUUUCAAUGAGUACGCAGAAAUGUGUUGUCUUUUCCCAUCAGAACCCAAUUUUACACCUUCAAUGCAACAUCGGGCCCAAGCCGGAUUCACCUCACGUUGAUACCGUACAACUUAAUCCUCAAAUUACUGACAGAUCAGGUGUAUAAGUGACUGCUCCUUGUUUUGGAGCAAAUCUCAUUUGCGGCAAGCAGGGAAGGUGUUACCAUGAAAUAAGUGUGAAAUAUAAAUUUGAUUCAUAUGUGGUGAGCGAAGUAUGCCAAGAGUACUGUCUUCCUUAAAUCUCUUCUAUUCUCUAAACAGUUUUCUGGAUUCAUAAGAGGUUUUCAAUGUACAUGAUAAGAAUUUCAAUACUGACCAUCAUUAUAUAGGCCUAAUGCUGUAUCAAUGAUGAUAUCAAUGUACUUGGUAUGUACAAGUACUAUAUAUACUAUAGUGCAAUGUACUAUAUAUAUCUUUAUACAUGGUAAAUGUGCUUCUUCUGAAUCAUAAAGCUGACUGCUGCAUCAUGUUUCCUUUCAUUGCAUUAUAUCAUACAACCACUCUGACUUCCACAUUCAAGGUUUAGCUACACUUCAACAGGCCUCACUGCAAAGUCAACUCAGCUUUACAUAUCCACAAAACCGCUUUAAAAUUCCACAAGGCUGAAGUUAUGACCGCAGAACCGUGAAUUCACAAUCCUCCCAGUUUUGCUUAGCUCACAUUAUAUUUGCUGCAUUCCUUGUGCACCUAGUAUCAUAUUCAGAAGCUCUCAGAUUAAUUUGCAAGGCUCCAAACCUGUUCCCUUGUAUUGCACAGUGAAUGUAGGUGAUUAACAGUGCUGUGUAUCAGAAUGUUAAGACUGAUGUAUCAUCAUCCCAUAAAGUUUUCUAUCCAUGUACAGUAUUAUUUUAUUUAGGUCUACAGGAGGUGAGAAGGGAAUACGUUUCUGCUUUGAAAUCAGUAGAAAGUGCACAGCAAUCACUAUGCUUUCUAAGGGAAGGGGACGAUUUGAAACCCUGACAUUUUCGAAAAACACACUUGAAGUUGACUUACAUCUAUGCCAUGUCAGUCCCAGAACAUCACUUACCCACACUAAUGUGGUAGUCAGACCACCAACCAGGCAGAAGGAGCUGCCUCAAUUUGGGCUUGAAAAGCAGUUCACACCUAAAGUCUGGCACCAGAUGCGUUUGACCUAUUCGAUGACAUUUGAGUAUUGACAUUCUCAGCAAAUUAAAGCGCUGUGCCAAUGGCGCACAGUUUAAAGUGCUCCACGGGUGAUCUCUGAAAAAUGAUCAGCACUUAACCUUUUAAUUAUUCUUUUGUAUUCGUCCAGGGGUUACCUGAGCUCUCAUCUCAGUUUGAGCCUGAUCGCCUCCUCAAAACCUUGUUAAGUGUUUGAAAUGUAGCCUGUUCCAACAGUUUGGUUGGACAUCAAACAUGCAACCCUCAAUAUUAUACAGCCAACGUUGUACAAUUACUUUCACUUCUAAAGGUGCUUUACACAAUAUUGCUGUUAUAAUCAUGCCUGUGGAACACAAAUAAGUUUAUCUUAAUAUAUCCACCCUCGGUGCAUGAUGGUUCUCAUUAAAUACAAUACAACUACCUCAUGGUGUUUUGUAGUGAUGGGGGGGAAAAAUCGAUACAGUUACAUAUCGCAAUAUUAUUUUUGGCCAAAAUUAUAUCAAUAUUUGACUCCAAGUAUCGAUUAGUAAAAAAAAAAAUGUAGGUAGGGUAAGCAUUAGCUAGAUGUAGUCGGCUGUACCUGCGCCAAAAGUCUGGUAUUUUUCAUCCUAUAGCUUGUUCUCCAUCUUCUUUUUAAAUAGUGAGCCAACAUGUUUUCAGCACUUUUAUUUCCCUGACUUAUCAAAACUCAUUUUCUCAUGGCUCUCUCUUGUCUCUCUGCAGCAGACAUAUAGUGAGCAAUACCGUAUGUCUGGAACAUCAAAUCUCAAUAAAAUCGCAGUAUUGAUUCGCAAUACAUAUAGAAUCGUAAGAAUCGCAAUACAUAUCGUAUCGGCACCUAAGUAUCGUGAUAAUAUUGUAUCGUGAGGUCCCUGGCAAUUCCCAGCCCUAGUGUUUUGUAAAACAAGGAAAAUGUCUGUCUCCCUAGUAACUCUCAAAGCUGCUCAUUAUAACGAUGCCUCUGUUCUCCUCUAGCCUCUAUAGUGGAGCAGAAGUGGUGGUGUCAGAUGCAUCCAUGUCUGGAUGGGGAG